AUGAUUUAAAAAGAAAGUAUCAAUACAGACAAAAUAAGCUCUAGGAAUCAAUUUUGUAAUUAAGAAAAUGGUAAGAGGUCCUUAUCCCAUUACAAAAGUUUUGAUUAGAAGAAGGUAUUAAGCGAAAUCUAAGAAUAUUAUUAAAACAAACAAUCACUAUAGGGUAUUCUUAAAGAGUUAUUGCAUGUAUCACAUGAAAUGCCACUUCCAGAUGAGUAUUUAGAUCACAUUCUUGGAUAACUGCAGCUUGAAAUUAAAGAUUAAAUUGAAUUACUGACAUAUUGUUAAAUCUUAAGGCUAUCAAUCUAGAAGGGAGCAAAAAUUAACAUCCAGAGACUCAUUAAUGUUUUCAAUGUGGUUAGGGACAAUGAUUCAUUAAUUGAGCUUGUUAGAGUAUUUUCCAUAAUGCUAGACCGAAGGUAGUAAAAGGAGGAAGAUUUAAAUUAGAUUUUUAAUUAGAUUUUAAAUUUUAAUAAUCUUAAUGUAGAAAUAAAAAAAUCAAUAAAUCAGCUGAAAUAUACUCUUAUUCCUUAAUCAAAUUCCUCAAAUUAAUAAUAGCACCUGUUUUAAGAGUAGAAAGGUUGCUACAAUCAACUAAUUGCAACUGUUGAUUGUCAUGUUGAUCAUGAAAGAGUUUAGGAUUCCGAAUAGGAAUAAGAGAAGGCUCGAAGCAUUUUUUGUGAUGACAAUUAAGCAUUAACUUCUUAGAUUUAAGUUGAAGAAGAGAAUACAUAAAUAACAGAUAUUAAAAAACUUACUUUAUUUAAAAGUACUUAUGAGACUGUAAAAUAAAUAUAUGAAUACGCAUGUAAAAAUAAGUAGAUUGAAGAUGUUGAUAAAGAUGAAUACUUACCUAACAAAUUAUUAGAUCAAAAGUAUUUUUCAUAGGGGAUUCUUGGGGAAUUUAUAUGUGAUCGAAUGAUAAUCGAAACUUUUCUAAUUAUAUCUCGAAAGUAAUAAUUAAAUGAAAAAACUAUUCAGAAGGUUUUUUAAUUAUGUAAAGGCAUCGAUGAGGUCAAAGGCUUGUUCUUAAAAAAUUAAUCUGAAAGUGUUUAUGUUAAUUCACUCCACAGAAGUGAGUUCUAAGGAGAAAAUCUGAAUGAUAUUGAAAAGGCGAGUAAAAAAAUUCUACAAAUUUUUUUUAAUUACAACGAAUUUCAUUCUAAACUUUCUACCAAUCACAGUGGUUUAUUUGGUAAUAGUCAACUAACCUGUUUUAAACAAAAAAAUUAAUAAGUGAUUGAUGAUGUUAUGAAAGUUAUGUUAAGGUAUUUCUAGGAAAUCAGAGUGAGCGCUCUUUAAAUAAUUUAUAAUCUUAUUAAUUACAAAAAACAUGGUUUGAGCCAUGAAUAAAUUUAAUUUAUUGUAGAUCUGUAAGAAAAGAAUGAGGAGAAUGUUAGUUUUCGUGAAGAAGCGUUAAAGAUUUACCUUUCAACUAUUGAUGAAAAAUAAUCUAACGAUGCUUUGAAGGUUUGCAUUAAUAAAUUAGAAAAAAAUCAUUUUGAAGGAAUUGAAUAUAUACUAAAUUAGAGUUUGUGUAAAGUAAGAGCAAACUAAUUGUCAGGAGCUAACAUUAAAAUGAUAAUUAACAAAAUUGCAACUGAUCAGUUACCAAUAACAAUAGUUAUCAGAUAAAAAUUGACCUAAAUUGUCCAAAAUUUCUUAAGUCAUUUGAAAUUAAAUAUUGAGGAGGAGGAUUUUGAAAAAUUAUUCAAUUUGUUAUUAAAGACAACUGAAAAGGAAAAUGAAAAAUAAUUGCAAUUUAACUUACUCUAAUCUAUUAUUUAUUUUCUAAGAUGUAAUCCUACUCGUUAAGAAGUUAAAUACAAAGACCUUAUGAAGUAAUUAGAUAAGUUUGAAGAGUAAUUGCAAAACUUAAUCAUUUUAAGUUUAGGAACCAUAUUAAGAAUGAAUUAAAAUUAGCCACCUAUUGAAAUAGAGAUUUCUGAUUUUCUCUCAAAUAAAUUGUUACUUUCUUAUAAGAUAAAUCCUUAAGGAAUCAAAGAAGAUAAUGAUUCAAAAUAUAAAAGCAUAUCAUAUAUUGUAGCUGAAAUCAUUUAUUAUUAAGUACUGAAAUCAAAAAUUUAGCUGUCAGAAAAUACUAUUAGUAAUUUGAUAAAAAUUAUAAAUAAUCAAGACAAAGAGUUGCAACUCUUAUCAGUCAAGAUUUUAAAUAAACUCGAGAAGAUUUCAAAAGAGAAUUGUGAUAAUCUAAUCCCGUAGUUAUUUAGCAUCCUUAAGGAUGAUUAUAAGAGAUAAGAAUAGUUGAUUUAUUAGUCUCUGUAUACAAAGGUCAUUUUGAUAAUCUAAUCUAAAGGAUCAAUUGAUUUAAAAUAUAUUGAGCUUUUAGCAUAAAUUUGCAGUUUGGAUUAUUUUGUUGAAAAUGCAGUGUAUAAACAAAUUUAAAAUAAUAUUCUUACAAUUUUAAAAAAUGUACUAAAAAUUAAAGAAAAAAUACCCAUAUAAUUUAUGAAAAUGUUUGAAAAUAUUCUGAUUAAUGAACUUUAAUCUUAAUAGGAUGUUAUUGAAAUUCUCAAGGAACUUACAAAAUACUAAAUAAUACCAAAUAAUGUAGUAGCAGCACUUGAAAUCCAAUUAAAUAAAUUAGAAAUACCAAAGGAUUUCUUCUAAAUUUUAGAACAAGUUAUUCGAAAUGGACAAAAGGUAGGUGAUUCAACUUUGUAAAAAUAUAUUGAUUAGAUAUCCAACUCUGAAAAGGAUUCUGAUGUAUGCUUUGAUAUUUUAGAAAUUGCAGAAACAAACCAUACAUUAUCUGAACAUAUAUUUACUUCUAUUUAAUUAGAAAGAGCUGGAAAAGCAAUAAAAAAUAAAUAGGAUGACUAUACUGAUGCAAUUGAAUACAUAUAUCAGAAGGUAUAGGUGGGGUAUAAACUAUCAAAAAAUAUCUUUGAAAUUAUAGCUAAUACUUUGGAUGAAGCUAAGGAUAAAUUAAUAAAAAUUUUAGAAUGUGCUUCAAGUAACGAAUAAAUAAUUCCAAAUAUUGUUGUCAAGAAACUUUAGGAAAUCUUGAAUAAAUAAGAUAUUGAUAAAAAUGUUAUGCGAAUAUUUAUGAAUAUGUUAAAAAAUAAAUAGGAGUUGUCUGGAGAUCUUAUACUUAAAUUAGAAGAAAUGUUAGAUUGUCAAACUAUUUCUGAAUUGAUCGUAUAAUUUUUUGCCAUUCCUAGUUAAAAUUGUAAAUUAUUUUCUUCACAAUUAAUUGAGAAAUUGUGCAAACACAUUUAAAAUACAAAUGAUUUAAAUUUAGAACUUUGUUUGCUUUAAGCAAUCAAUACUAAAAUUAAUGCGAAUAAUUCAUUUCAUUAAGAUAUUACUCAUAUCUAUAGAGUAAAUGAAGUAUUAAUAUCAAAACUCUAGGUAUCCAAACAAACUCUGUUACCCUUAUGCUUACAAAUUACGAAUUAUAUUUAAUUUCAUACCAACAUAUUAGACCCAAAAAUAUAGGAAAUAUUGACUACGUUAUUGUAUGAAAAAUAAAUAUAGUAUGAAAUUAAAAAAGAAAUUAGUAAAAUAUUAAAAUUAUGUAAACUUGAUGCAUAAACAUCCUAAUUUAUCAAGUAAUUCAACUUUACUUAAGAUUCGAUUGACAAAAAUUCAGAUGACGUUAAUUAAUAGAUUGAAUUAUUGCCUGAGACCUUGGAUUAAAUAAUACUAAUUUUUUAGGACUAUAAAAAUCAAGAAUAGUAAUAGAAGGCAAUUUCUCUUUUAAAUCAAUGCAAAAACAAAGACUAAAUACCAUUUGAAUUGAUUUAAAUCAUUGUGAUAUGUAUCACAUAAGAAGAUUUGAAACCCUAUUGUUUUAAACUUCUCAAUCAAAUAGUUGAAUCUAACAAAUCAAUUCCUAGUGCUAUUCUCAAAUUCCUAAUUGAUCAUUAUGCAGAUGACUUAGAAUGUGCUUCUUUCUAGUCAAUAGAAAACGAAAUUCUAACACAAAACUUGUCAAUUAUUAAAUAAUUAGAUGCAAAAAAACAGGCUUAGAAUUCAGAAUGCUCAAUCAAUUUACUUAACAGUAUCAAUCAGUCUCUGAAAACAGGGUUUUUUUUAUUGUCAAAAUAAAGAACUUAAAUUAUUUGCACUUUAUUCGCAACAACCGAUAUAAAUCUAAAAUUGCUUUAUAUUUAUUCAAAGAUUUUGUCUAAAUUGGUGAUAAAUUAAUUAAACUUUGAUGAAAAUAUAAUAUUAGAGAUAGAAAAAUUAAUCUAAAGAAAUGAUAUUAAAUUAACAACCAAAUUGAUUCAAGCUUAUACGAAGAUCAUUGAAGAGAAAAAGUAUAAAGAUCUACAAAAUUGUAUAGACAGCCUAUUGAAGAGAAAUCUUGAAAAAAAAUACAUGUUGGCCUUACAUGAAUGUGUUUCAUAUGCCUGUUAAUUUGGAAAUUAAUUGAAGAAAACCUGGUUGCCUAUUCUAGAGCAUAACCUCAUUUAGUAACCUAUAAUCAGCAAUUUGUCUUUUAAAGGUUUACGGGCGGCUGCAAUCGAUAAAAAAUUAAAUUCCGAUUUUUUUAAGAAAUAUUGCGAUAUAAUUAUAGAAGUAUUGAAAAUUGUUAAGAAUGAAAUUAAAGAAGAUUAUGAUCUAUUUGAAACAAUUAAUUAUUUAUCAUAGUAUGAUUUGGCUAAAAUCUUUGAAAGUUCUGAGGAUAAUUGGCAUAGAGAGUUACUUGAAGGUGGUUUUGAAAUUAAAAACAAAGGAUGUGAAACAAAAAAAAUUAAGGAGAUUAUUCAAGAUGAUGAAAUAAUUUCAACAUAUUAUAUACAAUUUCUAAAAACUAUAACUUAAUUUGAAGGAUUGUCAUAGACCUAAUUUAAUGAUUUGAUUAUUUUUGUAAAGACAAUUGGAUUAUAAGAGACAAAUUAAUUAUUGAAAAAAAAUAUUCUAUAUGAUUAUAAGAAAUAUUAGAUAAAAGUACCAUGGUUGAAAGUAGUGUAAGGAUGGUUAAGAAAGUUGAUGGUUAGUAAAAUCACAAAUACAACAUAAUUUAACCCAUACAUCGAAAAUUUGAUUAGCUUGAUAUGCAACGAAAAGUAAGAAUUGGUAACAGAGUAAUGUGAUUAUCUUUUUUAGUAAAUAAGGGAGAUCGAUGACCUUUACAAAUUUCAAAGUCUCUUAACAUUCAUUAUUCAAAAUAAAUGUAUUAUUGAAAAUUCACAAAAUUAAUAUACAAUAGAAGAGUUGCAAUAAUAAUUUGAAAUUGAAGUUUUAAUUCUUAGAUUUCCAUAACAUAAGACCGAUAAAUAGUUAAAAAACAUUAUUAAAUAAUUACUUAUGAAGGGUUGGACUUUUUAGAAAUAGAGAGAAAUAUUGAAUAUGCCUUAACUGGCCCAAUUAUGUUCUCAGGGUGAUAAGCAUCUGGUGAAAUUUUUCAAGACCCUUUAUUAUUAUUAAGUAUCUCCAAAUGCAGACUUAAGUAAAAUCUUCGAUAAGCAAUAUGAGAUAUGGAGUUAGGAAGUGUAAAAGUUAAUUUUGGGAGGUAUUGAGGGGAAUCCUGGAGAAAAGAGCAUAUAGAAAUUAGUUAAUGAAUUGGUUGAAUUAAAUUGCUCUAACUUGAAAAACGAUAAACAAUUUUAUAUUGAAAAGAUCAAUUAAAUUUAGACUUUAUGUGAAGAGAAAAAGAGAUAGACUGAGUAAGAAAUAGGAGAAUGGGUUACAAUGGCUAAGAAUUAAGAGUCUGAGAAUUUUAAAGAUAUUAAUUUUAUAGUUGAAUUAUUAGCUGUGAUCAAAUAUGCUAUUCAUAAAAUUAAAGGGGUGGAGUUAAAUUGUACUUAAAUAAUGACUGCAUUGAUCAUUUUAUAGUAAGGAAAGGAUGAAGGAAUAUUAUGUUAAGUGAGAACUGGUGAGGGCAAAUCUAUAAUAAUAAGUAUCAUUGCCAUAUUUUAUGGAUUGUAAGGAAAGAAAAUAAAUAUUCACACUAGUUCUCCAAUCUUAGCAGAGAGAGAUUCAAAAAGUAUGAAAAGUCUAUAUGAGUUUUUUGGUCUUAAUUGUGCUGAGAAUGGUGACAAAACCAAGUACAAGAAAAUUAUUAAGAAAUGUUAUGAAAAACAGAUUGUAUACGGAGAUGUAAGUUAAUUUUAAUUUGAUUAUCUAAGACAUCAUCACAGUCAAUUAAAUACAAUGGGUGACAGAAAAUUAGAAAUUGCAAUUGUUGAUGAAGUUGAUAGUAUGCUUAUUGAUGAGAGUUCAAAAUUUGCUAGAUUAUCCAGUACUGUUGCUGGUAUUGAGCACUUUUAACCUAUUUAUAUUCUUAUUUGGUAGAGAAUUAAAUAACUUGAGGAGUAAAUAGCUAACCUUAAAUCCACAUUUUAUUACGAAAAUGGAAAGAUUGUACAAUAGAAAGAAAGCAAAAAUCAGUUUCCUCUGGAUUCACAAUCUAUUGAUAAUUUUGAGUAAUUAAAGCAGAUGAUAGGAUUAAAAACAACAUAAGAUUUCGAUGAAUUUAUUGCAGAGCAUUUAAAAAAUUACAUAAACGGAAUAUUGGAAAAAGAAGACUUUAUAAUUCUGCCCAAUUAUUUUAAAUAAUAUUUUGAUCUUUAAUUCCCUAAUUGGAUAUGUAGUGCCUUGCAGGCAAUUAAAUUAGAAGAAAAUGUUCAUUAUGUCAUUAGCGAUGGGGAAAUAAAACCUGUUGAUUUCAAAAAUACAGGAAUUAUUUAAAAUUCUUCAUUUUGGGGUAAUGGAUUACAUUAGUUCCUAUAAAUCAAACAUAAUCUAAAAAUUACACCUGAAUCCUUCCUAACAAAUUUCUUAUCUAAUGUGGGAUAUUUCAAAAAAUACGAAUAGAGAAUUUUUGGCUUAACUGGCACUUUAGGUUCUCAAAAAACUAAAGAAAUUUUGCAAUAAGUUUACGGUCUGACUUCAGUUAUUAUUCCUUAAAACAACCCUAAAUUAUUUAUAGAACUACCCUUUGUGGUUGUUGAUGAUGAUAAAAAAUGGCUGAAGAAGAUCAUUGCAUUAGCAAAGAGAGAAUGCCUUAAUAAAAGAGGUGUUCUCAUUAUAUGUGAAACAAUCUUAGAUGCGAGGAAAAUUCAUAAACAGUUGUUGUCUGAGAAUUAUUCAAGUAAUAAGAUCAAGCUUUAUGACAUGAAUAAUAAGUGUUUGGAAAAUGAAAUUGAUGUCAUUAAACCUGAGCAAAUAUUUGUUGCUACCAACCUUGCAGGCAGAGGCACUGACAUCAAUUCAACAAAUAUUUAAAAGUAUGGAGGAUUGCAUGUGAUAUUAACAUUUAUGCCGACUAAUCAAAGAGUAGAAGAAUAAGCAUUCGGUAGAACUGCUAGAUAAGGCAAUAAAGGAACUGGAUAAAUGAUAUUGAAUAAAUAACACCUCAGGCAUUUAAUCUGUAAUGAAGAGGAUUAUUCAUAAUUGAAAAUCAAGAGAGAGGAAGCAGAAGCCAAAAUAUUGUAGAAAUAUGUGGACUAAAAUUUGGAGGAAAUCAAGUUAAAAGAGAAGUUGUUUGAAAAUUUUUGUAAUAUCUUGAGUGUUCAGAAAAAAAAUAAUACUUCUUUAGGAAAAUUAGCUUUACAUUAUAAAAUAUUAAGUAUUGAAGAGAAAUGGGCUAUUUUUCUUCUGCAGAACAAAGAUAUGAGAGAUGAUGUUGCUGAAAAAUUUGAUAAAUUUUAAAAUGAGAUUGAAAAACUAUGUGAAAAGUAGGAAAUUAUAUGCAAUCCUUAUUAUAAAAUAGAUAUUUAACAUAAUUAAAUAAAAAAAAAUAAGCUGCAAGCUAAAUUGGAUGCUUUAAAUGAGAUCAUCAAAGUUGAAGGCAAAUCUUUUGCUUCUGUGUAUUAAGAAAUAGCCUUCCUCUAUCUUUAUUAGAAAAAUUAAGAUAAAAAUAAAGCAUUAAAGUAUUUCUAAAAGGCAGUUGAAUUAUUGAGCAAAGAAUAUGCUUUAUGGUAGAGUUUGUUUGUGUCUUUAUCAAAGUAUUUGAAGAAUUUUUAAGGGAGCGAUUUGUAAAAACAAAUUCAGUAAAAGCUGCAAAUAAUAGGAAUAUGUGCUAAUAGCAUAGAAGAGAACAAGAAAGUAAUAUAGAAAUCUUAGAGAUUGAUAGAUAUUGUUGUGUAAUAAGAAUUUAAGCAGGAAAAAAUCUAAACUAAAACAAUUAAUAUCGGCUAUGAGAAUUAGAUAGCAAUCAAGUUAUGCCUCAACUAAUAAGAUACCAUGUAUAAUUUGAUAUUCAAUGACCUCUCCUAUUACCAAGACUAUAUUAAUUAAGAUUCUGUCAUAAAGACCAUUGAAUAGAUUUAUGAGAACAGUAAGCCAAUUGAUAAGGAAAUCACCAUAUAAAUAAAUGAAAUUAUGUCAUCCAAAUUCAACUUUUUCUUCUAUUAGAAAGCUCUCAAAUAGGGUUGUUUCUUUGAUAAAAAAAAGGCUUCGAAAAAAUUAGAAAAUAAUGAAAGGGAUACAAUAACCAUCUCAUCAAUACUCUUAAAAUCCUCUCAAAAUAAAUUUGAAUCAUUAACCAUCCAAGAAGCUAAAGAGAGAGUUAAGAAGGUUAAUGAAACUUAUUUUGAUAUGAUAAUCAUAAACAAUAAGUUAUAAUAAUGGUAAACUGAAUUACUGAAAAAUAUAUAGGUUGACAUUGAGUUUAUCAAUUUGGAUAAAUAAAAUAUUGAAUAAGAUUUAUAAAUUAUUAAACCUGAAUCAAUCGAUCUUGUUAUUACAAGUGACAUUGAAGAUAUUAAAAAGAUAUUAGAUUUAGAAUUUGUUUAGAGAGUAAAGCAUUUGAAGAAAGAGCUACAUAUCUCAUAUACAAAGGAGAGAGCUAAAAACCAUAUAUUUAAGAGUAGUGAGAAUAAAUGUACUCAAACUAUCUCGAUUUCAAUAAUAACAGAAGAACAGUUUAAGGAAGUACUGGGUAAAUGUAAAGAAGAAGCAAGAUUCAAUCUAUAAUUAAAUUAAAUAUAAGGCAUUUGUUGGAUGAAAGAGGAUCUCUUUAUUAAUCUAAGAUUUAGAGUUAAGGAUCAUAAAUGGAUUAAAUAUUUAAUAAGGAAGUUAAGGUAAAUCCAAUUAGAAUUUUAAUUGAUCUUUAAUAAUCUGGAUUAUAACUAAGCAAAACAAUAUAUUCAAAAAGCAGACAUUCAAUAGUAGGAUGUUAAAGUAGUCAAUAGGAAAAAGUUAAAGGAAUUUCUUAAUUCACAAAAUUAAUCUGAUCAACAAGAAUUUUAGAAUUUUGAAGCAAGAGGAUUUAAAGAUAUCAUUACAUUGAAUGAAAUUAAGUUCUUUCCAUUCUAUAACAUGUUAAUUCUUGGCACAAUAGCCUUUUCCUAAUUGAUAGUUGGAGGUGUCUUAGUUUCCACAGGACUGGGAAGUAUACUUGGCAAGAUGAUUAUCUAAGAAGGUAUUUCAGAUGUCAUAAGCCUUAUAACAUCUUGCUAUAGGAGAGAAUUUUCAUGGUCUGAUUAUUGUUAUUAAAAGAGUGCCUGUUUAUUAUGCACUGUCCUUACAUUUGGUUUGAAUGCAAUCAAAAAUACAAGCAAAGCAAAAGAAUUAAUUUAAAGUUUUGGGAAAUGCGGAAGCAUAAACUUAAGUUUUAUGAUUAAACAAACAUGGAAAUUGUCCUUUGAAUCAUUUGUCAUCAAAGGGAGUAAUCUGAUCCUCACCAAAAUUAUUUCAAUGAAACUUCAGGAUAGUUAGGCUUAAUUAUAGCGUUAUCUUUUCAAUUUUAUUUAGGAAAAGUUCUCUUAAAAAGAUACAAUUAAACUUUUGAGGAAAUUUGAAGUAUUAAGUUAAAUCAAAAAUGAAAAUUUCAAUGAAAAUAUCUUAAAAUUUAGUGCUGAAUUAAUAACACGAAUCGGAUUAAUGAAUUAGGUUAUUUGUUUACUUUAAAACCUUAUAAUCAAUUCUACAAUACCAGCAAAUUUAGGGUUUGAAAGCUGGAUUUUAUAUAGUAUUAGUAAACUUCUUUAAGUUGCAACUCUUGUUUUAACCUAAAAUGAAUUAAUUAAUUAUUUACAUUCUAAAUUUAAAAAGUUGUUGAUUAGUUAUGCUAAUUAAGAAUAUAAUCUCUAAAUUGUAUAUAAAUAAUGGUGUAGUAACAAAAAUAUAACUUAAGAUACAGAAAUAAAAACUAUAACACAAGUAAAUGAAUUUUUAGGAACAUAAGCUGAUACUUAAGAUGAAAUUGAGUAAAAUACAUUUUAUAAACUUAAUGAAUAACUCAGAUCUGAUUUAAUUUAAAAUAAAACUUCUUAAUAAUUAUUAGAUUUCUUCAGCGAUUUAACUGAACGUGAGACAACGCUUGAAGAUGAAUCCUAUUUAUAAAUCAUUACAGAUUUAGCCUAAUAAUUAACUAUAUAAAUAUCUCAUUUAGUAGAAUAAUAAAUUCUUUUACCUUGGAUUAGCUCUGCCACAUUUUAGUUUUCUGAGAUUUUAAUUUCAAAUUUUUCAAAUCAUGAUAUAAAAGAAGACAAAUUAGAAGUUAUGUAACAUAAUUAGAAUGAUUAAAAAAAAAAAGAAGAAAAUGAAGCCAUUAUUACAUAAUAAACAUUAAAUCAAAAUCUUGAGAAGGAACAAUUAAACGAUUCUAAAAAUCAUACAUUAAUGAGAGCUGCAGAUAAUUAAGAUCGAAUUAAAGGCAAUGAUUAGAAUCUUAAUCAUUUUGAAAAAGGAUAUAUGAAUACAUAAUAAAAGAUUUUUGAAAACUACAUUUUCUAAAUUUUGCAGAAAGAAUAGAUUUAAAACUAUUAAAAUGAGGAUGAAGAUCCAUUUUAUAAAAAAACUUGGUUUAUUUCUACUGCUACAGUAGUAGGUUCCUUACCACUCUUAAUUUAUGUUGCGAAAACUUUUUAUAAAAGCAAUAAGAACCAUGAAUUUUUAUCUAAUUGA